AUGCUCAAAUCAUUGCAAGUUUUCUUAUUUCCAUUUCUGGCUCUUGUUACCGGUCUUGUACUGGAUGCUACAAAUCGUCGCAUCCGAUUUCUCCGCAUACCGGAUACUAUUCUCAUUUUCUUAUUUGCACUUGGCACAAGUUUCAUUCUUCACUUAUUCUUCCCAGAAAAUUUGAUGGCACACAUCGAUGAGACUUACACGUGGAAGACCGUCGAACCUGGCAUUGUUGUUGGAGUUCUUCUACCGUUACUUAUUUUUGAAUCUGCGGUGAAAAGCAAUUCACAUCUAUUCUUUCGCAAGCAAUGGCUAUUAUUCGCGCUGACCGCUACUGUUUAUUUAUUAACACUAAUAUUAUACACUGCCUUAAUGCUACCAUUUCUGCGGAUUAUGGACAACUGGAAUGUAUUCACGGUCAUGCUGAUGGGUGCAAUUUUGGCUGCAACAGACCCUGUAGCAGUUGUCGCAAUCCUGGAAGAUAUCGGUGCUCCGCAGCGUAUCAAAAUAUUGGUAGAGGGUGAAUCAUUACUCAAUGAUGGUCUAGCCAUUUUUGUCUACCAAAUUCUCCGCAAUUUUGUUUUGAAGGAAGUAAAUUUACCAUCUUACCCGUAUACUUUUGUACAUUAUGCAGCGAUGUGCGUAAGCUGUAUCGUAAUUUCGCCGUUGUUGGGGUAUACUAGUGCUCAUAUUACUGUUAUGAUCAUACGACAUGGUAUUAAUGAGGAGAAAAGAAUUCAGAUGUUUUUGGUAAUUUCCGUAUACUUUGUAUGGCAGUUGGGUGAAGUAACCAAAGGAUCGGCCGCUGUAGCCACCGUCUUUUACGGUGUUACACUGAACUAUCUUAGAGAACGAUUAAAUCCCAGAAGUGUAGAAUUGACUUUACAAAUUUGGACAGCAUUUGGAUAUUGGGCUAACUGCAUUGUAUUUAUGUUCAGUGGCUAUGCCAUUGGUCUGCUGCUCUUCAAUAAUCCAGUUGAAAUUGAUGUAAUUUAUCAUUUAAUCUCCGGUGUGCUGUUAUUUCCCGUAUCAUUGAUGGCUCGUAUGUUGGCAUUACUUGUGUUUCGUGAAGUAUGGAAUGCACUGGGUAGUUCUCAUAUUGUCUAUGAUACCGAUUACGUUCUUUUGGCGUAUGGCGGCCUGAAGGGAGCGUUGGCACUCCUAUUGGUACAUGAAUUUACUGAAAGUGUUCAGUACGACCCGUAUGCUCGUCGAGUUGGCGAAAAAGUGGUACUUUAUGCGAGUUCUGCCGUUUUCGUUUGUUUGGUGAUUCAGGGAAUGACAUUUUCCUAUGUUACGAAUCGUGAAGGCACAAAUCGCCGAUCACGUUACAUUAAAGAUUCAGAGAAGAACGUAGAACGACAUUUAAAUCGUACUCUACGUACGAAUAUAAAAGCAAUGCGUCGGCAAGCUGACUCUUAUCUUACAGAGGCUAAUUGGACCGUUGUUAAUGAGCAGAUCGAAGCUAAUGUCUUCAAAGGCUUUGCGAGUAAUGUAGGACAAUAUUCACGGGUGCAAACUAGCAUGUAUGAUGAAUCAGUGAAAAGUAUUGACAGUCAGUCGGUGGACGAGUCACUUCUUAUAAAGAAAGACGACAGUGACGUUUGUACUGGUUACUAUAGUAUUCUUCUUGCUCGAGUAUACAGCCUUUGGACUUUGGGUGCGAUUUCUGGACGUGCAGCACAUUUAGUAAUCGACCUCCUGGAACAUGGUGUUGAUGAAGGAAAGUUAACAUUGGAUGACUUUUGUGAACAUUUGAAUUCAGCUGAUAACAAGUGGUACCAUCACUAUUGGAUUGAUACGGACACAAAACUGAAUCGUCUAAACUGGAUGGGUAUUCCAUUCUUGCCUUAUCCAAUUCCUACUAAUAUUUCCGUUUUAAAACCGGUUCGGUCUCUGGAAUGGUGGUGCAUAUUUUCUACAUUUUUGGCUAUCAUCCAGUCUGUCUUGAUUGCAUUUGUCAUUUUCUGGCAGCCAGCAGUCGGGACUGAUGUUAGCUAUUCAGUCCUGAUGUUCACAUUCCUGAUUGCGUUCAUUUUUUUUGUUGAAGAAGUGGUACAUUUUCAUCGAUUACGGAAACCAGCAUAUCGAAUGGAAUUAGAUCGUCUGGAUAUGCGCUGUUUUCAAAGCAUGAAUCGGAUUACUAUCGAAUUCGCUCUUUUUCUUGUUUAUAUGUCACUAAUUGUCGGAAUUUGCAUCGUUCUUUCGGUAAUAUUGGCCAAAUAUCCGAACGGUUCAUGCAUACGAGACAAUGGACAGUGGAGAAUAUUGUCUGUGUGCAACACGAUGCGUUUUAUACUUCUUUUAUUUAUGGUAUUUUUGACACUUUUAAAAAUCCUGCGCAUCACACCACUGUUUAUUUUCACGCUUCAUGAGGCACUGUAUACUGCUAGCCUCCUACGUAUACGUAUUCAGCUCUCGGCACUUUAUUUUCUUCAGUUCUUGCUCAGUCAACCGCCAGCGAAAUUUACCUUUUUCCCGGGUGAUUCCUAUCAGGUAGCAUUAGGAGAACAGAAAAAUUUAAAUAAAAUUGUGGAUGCUCUGAUUCGAAAAGCGAUGAAAAAAAACAAAGAAGUGCUUGACCUAAUUACUGUUAUCAAAACCAAACAAGCCAUCCGAAUGGCUGCACAAACGCUGGAACAUACUAUUAUUGAUUUGCAAAAGCAGGGAUUUUUGCAUCACGAAUCGGUACAACAAUGGGAGCGUUCUUUGAAUCGUUUGCGUGAUCGUGGUGAGCGUUUAAUUAAUUCUCCGGAUCCCAGCUUUCAGGAUGCUCUGGAAUCUGUUCAUUGGAUUCAGGCUAUCGAUAAUCAGAAAAGGCAGGACUUAGUGGAUAAAUUGGUCAAAUAUCUUGAAACACAAUCUGGAAUUGAACAGUCAGGUGGCCAGUUAGUCCAAACGUUCGGAAAGACGAUGUACUUUAUCCGAAAGGGCAUUUGCAAAGUAACUGAAAUGACAUUAUCGAGGCGGGGGAAAGAGCACAAGCACGAUUAUUAUGUAUAUCAGGGGCGCUUUGUUGGAGAGCGAAAUUUGUUGGACAAAAAUGAUUUCCGACGUGAAUCCGUGAAAAAACCAAAAGUUGAAUACCGGACAUCAACCGACUGCAUUUUGAUCAAGAUUGAUGAAGAUACAAUGGAUAUGGUUCGGUCAUUUGAUAGCUCAAUCAUUAGGACAAUAUCGCGAAAGGAGCAAACACGACGACUUAUAUAUGAACUAAAGGAACAACAUGAGUCUUUUGCUUUAAUAACUUUGGAUGAAUUCGAAAAAUUAUACACAAGACAUGGAUAUUCCGUGGGUGGUCGAGUAGACGUUGAAGUUGGAAUUGGAAGGAAGCUUAUUAUCGGAUUCCGAGCAAUGAUGGUUGCCUUGAAACCUUCAACGAGUUUGGAUGAUCAUUAUCAUAUUCUGGGACCAGCUGUUGUAACGCUGAAACCUGUUGGUGAAGAUGGCAGUAUUAAAAAGAAAAUAUUGUCAACAACUUCAAGGACCGCGCAAACACUCCCAAUCCUUUUGGAGAAGACCAAAUCAUCGUUUGGUGAGCUAGAAAAGGGUAAAAUAGAAGCAAAAAAAUUACGGCCAAGUUCAGAACGGACUCAACUGACAAGGAGGACUGAAUCAAAACCUUUAAAACCAUCAUCACUAGAUGUAACAGAAAAGAAGACAUUAGAAACACAGUCGGAUGAGGAAGAUGAAGACCAAGAACAGAAAGAUUCGGAAACCACCGCAAAACUGAGGAAAAAGACGGAAAAAUAUUUGGAAAUCGAGCGCACUCAGACACAUUCACAACAGUCCUACGUCACAAGUAUCACAAGCGUUAAAAGUUCCAAUAGUGAAGCGCCAGCAAAGUGA